UCAAAUUCCGAACUCAGUCGCUCGAACGCGGAGCUGUCGGCCAGAAGAGCGCGCGUAACUUUUUUUUUCCACACUCGUAAGGUGUUUUUUUAGUUUUAACCAUGAAGGUUUUCGUUGUUUUCGCCGUUCUCGCUCUGGCAUUCGCGGAAGAAAAGGAGGAGGAUAGACCGAAGACUUUCAGGAGACUGAUCCCUGCUGAUGUUUUGAGAGACUUCCCCGGAAUGUGUUUCGCAUCUACCCGUUGCGCGACCGUCGAGCCCGGCAACACCUGGGACCUGGCGCCGUUCUGCGGCCGCAGCACCUGCGUGGUCAGUGAGGACACCCCCCCGCGCCUGCUAGAACUGGUGGAAGACUGUGGCCCACUGCCAUUGGCUAACCCCAAGUGCAAGCUUGACACAGACAAGACCAACAAGACCGCCCCCUUCCCCGGCUGCUGUCCCAUCUUCACCUGCGAAGAGGGCGCCAAGCUGGAGUACCCCGAGCUCCCCACCCCCGCCCCCGAGGAGGAGAAUGAGAAGGAGAAAAAGGAGGAAGAGAAACCUAAAGCUUAAACAAAA